CUCAGCCCCUCGGCGCCGCCAUGUCGGGGGGCGGCGGCGGCGGCAGCGGGUCGCGCUACGCGGCGGAGUUCGUGCCGCCGCCCGAGUGUCCCGUCUUCGAGCCCAGCUGGGAGGAGUUCGGCGACCCCCUCGGCUUCAUCGGCCGCAUCCGCGGCCUGGCGGAGAAGACCGGCAUCUGCAAGAUCCGGCCCCCCAAGGACUGGCAGCCUCCAUUUGCAUGUGAAGUACAGAGUUUUCGUUUCACCCCACGAAUCCAGCGCUUGAAUGAACUGGAGGCAAUGACCAGAGUGAAGCUGGACUUCUUGGAUCAAUUAGCAAAAUUUUGGGAACUUCAAGGAUCCAAUUUAAAAAUACCUGUGGUGGAGAGAAAAAUCUUGGAUCUGUAUGGUUUGAGCAAAAUUGUUGCCAGCAAAGGAGGCUUUGAUGUGGUCACUAAAGAAAAGAAGUGGUCCAAAGUGGCUAGUCGGCUGGGAUACCUGCCAGGAAAAGGCACUGGAUCACUACUAAAGUCUCACUAUGAACGGAUCUUGUACCCUUAUGAGCUCUUCCAGUCUGGGGUCAGCCUUAUGGGUAUCCAAAAGCCAAACUUGGACCUUAAGGAAAAAGUGGAAGCUGAGGACCUCAGCUCUGAUGCCCAGGCUUCCCCAAAGCAGGGUACAAGAAUGAAUGUUGCGCUGAAGAGAACCAGACGCGUCAAGUCCCAGACAGAGACGGGGGAAAUGAGUAGAAAUACUGAACUGAAGAAGCUGCAGAUCUUUGGAGCUGGACCCAAGAUGAUGGGAUUGGCAUUGGGAUCAAAAGAUAAGGAAGAUGAGGUGACUCGAAGACGCAAAGGCACCAGGUCAGAAGCCUUUGGUAUGCAGAUGAGGCAACGCAAAGGGACACUCUCUGUCAACUUUGUUGAUCUAUACGUUUGCUUGUUUUGUGGCCGAGGAAACAAUGAGGACAGACUGCUACUCUGUGAUGGUUGUGAUGACAGCUACCACACAUUCUGCCUGAUUCCCCCUUUGCCUGAUGUGCCCAAAGGUGAUUGGAGGUGCCCAAAGUGUGUUGCUGAGGAAUGUAACAAGCCACGUGAGGCCUUUGGAUUCGAGCAAGCUGUGAGGGAGUACACUCUCCAGAGUUUUGGUGAAAUGGCAGAUAAUUUCAAGUCUGAUUACUUCAAUAUGCCAGUCCAUAUGGUUCCUACUGAGCUGGUAGAGAAGGAGUUCUGGCGACUGGUGAGCAGCAUUGAGGAGGAUGUCAUUGUGGAAUAUGGAGCUGAUAUCUCAUCCAAGGACUUUGGGAGUGGUUUUCCUGUAAAGGAUGGCAGGCGAAAGCUGAUGCCAGAGGAGGAGGAGUAUGCACUUUCUGGUUGGAACCUAAAUAACAUGCCCAUUCUGGAACAGUCAGUCCUUGCUCACAUCAAUGCAGAUAUCUCUGGCAUGAAGGUGCCUUGGCUUUACGUAGGGAUGUGUUUCUCAUCAUUUUGCUGGCACAUUGAGGAUCACUGGAGCUAUUCCAUCAAUUACCUGCACUGGGGAGAGCCAAAGACGUGGUAUGGAGUGCCCUCUCACGCAGCAGAACAACUAGAGGAGGUGAUGAAAGAGUUGGCCCCUGAGCUCUUUGAAUCUCAGCCUGAUCUCCUGCAUCAGCUGGUCACCAUCAUGAACCCCAAUGUGCUAAUGGAGCAUGGUGUGCCUGUGUACAGAACCAAUCAGUGUGCUGGCGAGUUUGUUGUGACAUUUCCUCGUGCCUAUCACUCCGGAUUUAACCAGGGUUACAACUUCGCUGAGGCUGUGAACUUCUGCACUGCUGACUGGCUUCCCAUUGGGCGUCAGUGUGUGAACCAUUAUCGACGGCUAAGGCGUCACUGCGUUUUCUCCCAUGAGGAGCUGAUCUUCAAGAUGGCAGCGGAUCCAGAGUGUUUGGAUGUGGGACUUGCUGCCAUGGUUUGCAAAGAAAUGACUUUGUUGAUAGAGGAGGAGACACGCCUGAGGGAAUCUGUUGUACAGAUGGGAGUGUUGAUGUCAGAAGAGGAGGUAUUUGAACUGGUUCCAGAUGAUGAACGUCAGUGUACAGCCUGCAGAACUACAUGCUUCCUUUCCGCUCUUACUUGCUCUUGUAAUCCUGAGAGGCUUGUGUGCCUGUACCAUCCCACAGACUUGUGUCCCUGUCCUAUGCAGAAGAAGUGUCUAAGGUACCGUUACCCAUUAGAGGACCUUCCUUCUUUGCUGUAUGGAGUAAAAGUUAGAGCACAGUCCUAUGACACUUGGGUCAGUAGAGUUACAGAGGCUCUGUCUGCCAACCUCAACCACAAGAAAGAUGUGAUUGAGCUGAGAGUGAUGUUGGAAGAUGCUGAAGACAGGAAGUAUCCAGAGAAUGAUCUGUUCCGUAGGCUCAGAGAUGCUGUGAAAGAGGCAGAGACCUGUGCUUCAGUGGCUCAGCUACUUCUAAGCAAAAAACAAAAACACAGCAGACUGAGCCAGGAUAGUGGGAGGACUCGGACCAAGCUGACUAUGGAAGAACUGAAAGCAUUUGUUCAACAGCUAUUCAGCCUACCCUGUGUUAUCAGCCAAGCCCGACAAGUAAAGAACCUGCUGGAUGAUGUGGAGGAGUUUCAUGAGCGUGCUCAAGAGGCCAUGAUGGAUGAGGUCCCAGACUCUUCCAAGCUGCAAAUGUUGAUAGAUAUGGGUUCUGGCCUCUAUGUGGAACUUCCUGAACUGCCGCGGCUGAAGCAAGAACUGCAGCAGGCACGUUGGCUGGAUGAGGUGAGGUCCACCCUUUCAGACCCCUUGAGGGUCACCCUGGAUGUGAUGAAGAAGCUGAUUGACUCAGGUGUUGGGCUGGCACCGCAUCAUGCUGUAGAAAAGGCCAUGGCUGAGCUGCAGGAGCUGCUUACUGUCUCUGAGAGGUGGGAGGAGAAGGCCAAAGUCUGUCUACAGGCAAGACCACGUCAAAGCAUGAUGGCUCUGGAGGGCAUCGUGAACGAAGCAAAGAACAUCCCAGCUUACCUGCCUAAUGUACUGACACUGAAAGAAGCCUUGCAUCGGGCUAGAGACUGGACAGCCAAAGUGGAGGCCAUUCAGAAUGGUAGCAAUUACGCUUAUCUGGAGCAACUGGAAAGCUUGUCUGCAAAAGGCCGCCCAAUACCGGUACGUCUUGAGGCACUGCCACAGCUGGAGUCUCAGGUAGCAGCAGCACGUGCCUGGAGAGAGCGCACAGGAAGGACUUUCUUGAAGAAGAACUCAAGCUACACUUUGUUACAGGUUUUGAGUCCCCGGACUGAUAUUGGAGUUUAUGGAAGCAGUAAGAAUAGACGGAAAAGGGUAAAAGAGUUAAUGGAGAAGGAAAAAGAGAAAGAUCUUGACUUAGAAUCUCUGAGUGAACUGGAGGAUGGGCUUGAGGAAGCUAGGGACACUGCAACUGUGGUGGCUAUAUUCAGGGAGCGGGAGCAGAAGGAGAUUGAAGCCAUGCAUGCCCUCAGGGCAGCUAACCUAGCUAAGAUGACCAUGGUGGAUCGUAUUGAAGAAGUGAAGUUCUGCAUCUGUCGAAAAACAGCUAGUGGGUUCAUGCUGCAAUGUGAGCUCUGCAAGGAUUGGUUUCACAGUGGCUGUGUGCCACUCCCCAAAACCAGUUCCCAAAAGAAGGGCUCCAGUUGGCAGGCCAAAGAAGUCAAGUUCCUGUGCCCACUCUGCAUGCGUUCUCGAAGACCCCGGCUUGAGACCAUCCUGUCUCUGCUGGUGUCCCUGCAGAAGCUUCCUGUACGGUUGCCAGAGGGGGAGGCACUGCAGUGCCUGACAGAACGUGCCAUGGGCUGGCAGGACCGAGCACGGCAGGCUCUGGCUACUGAUGAACUGUCUUCUGCUUUGGCCAAGCUUUCUGUGCUCAGCCAGCGUAUGGUGGAGCAGGCAGCACGGGAGAAAACAGAGAAAAUAAUCAGUGCAGAGCUACAGAAAGCAGCAGCUAAUCCUGACCUACAGGGCCACUUAACUAGUUUCCAACAAUCUGCUUUUAACCGAGUGAUAGGGAGUGUUUCCUCAUCUCCACGACAGACCCUGGAUUAUGAUGAUGAAGAGACAGAUUCUGAUGAAGACAUCAGGGAGACUUAUGGCUAUGACAUAAAGGACAAUGUCAGUGUGAAAUCUUCCAGCAGCCUGGAACCUAACCUCUUCUGUGAUGAGGAGAUCCCCAUCAAGUCAGAGGAAGUGGUGACACACAUGUGGACGGCUCCCUCUUUCUGCGCUGAACAUGCAUAUUCAUCUGCUUCUAAAAGCUGUUCACAAGGUUCUAGCACCCCAAGAAAGCAGCCCCGGAAGAGCCCUCUGGUACCUCGCAGUUUGGAACCCCCUGUACUGGAGUUGUCACCUGGAGCUAAGUCCCAGUUAGAGGAUCUGAUGAUGGUAGGAGAUCUCCUAGAAGUAUCGCUGGAUGAGACCCAGCACAUCUGGCGGAUUUUACAGGCCACGCAUCCACCUUCAGAGGACAGAUUUCUUCAUGUCAUGGAGGAUGACAGCCUGGAUGAGAAGCCAUUAAAAAUGAGAGGGAGAGAUUCUUCUGAGAGGAAACGAAAACGAAAGCUGGAAAAGGCAGAGCAGUUCUUUGGAGAAGUAAAGCAGAAAUCUAAAGAGUUGAAGAAACUGGAGAAGCCCAAAAAGAAGAAACUAAAAUUAACCAUGGACAAGACAAAGGAGUUGAACAAGUUGGCAAAGAAACUAGCCAAGGAAGAGGAGCGGAAGAAGAAAAGAGAGAAGGCAGCUGCAGCAAAAGUAGAGCUAGUAAAGGAGAGCACAGAGAAGAAGAGAGAGAAGAAGGUACUAGAUAUUCCUUCUAAAUAUGACUGGUCAGGAGCUGAAGAGUCUGAUGAUGAGAAUGCUGUGUGCGCUGCCCAGAACUGCCAAAGACCCUGCAAGGACAAGGUAGACUGGGUACAGUGCGAUGGUGGCUGUGACGAGUGGUUUCAUCAAGUGUGUGUUGGCGUCUCUCCGGAAAUGGCUGAGAAUGAAGAUUACAUCUGUAUAAACUGUGCAAAGAAACCAAUGCAGGGGCCAAGUCGCCCAGUACAUGUAUCACCACCCCCUUUCUUACUGAGACUCGAGGAGGACCUCAAGGGGACUAGUUAGCAGCUAGUUGGUCUCUGGGAUUUGUUGGGAACUGGACCACUGAGACCCUACUGAAAGUGGGUGGUUUGAAGCUAAUGUAGCCACUGAGCCUCACUUCCAAGGAUGUACAGCCCUGCAGCAGAAAUGGUCCCUUCCUAAUAGCUGGCUUCCCCUGUACAAUGGUGAUGUCAGAGGCACAGUGGUACCAACUCAUCUAUGCAGACACCACCUUGUUGCACGUUCCAGCCAAUGUUUUAACUCAAGUGUUUGCAGCUGUGAUUGUGGUGGCUGCCCUCAGAGACUGAACAAACAUGUGGCUGUUGGAUGGGACACUUUGGUGUGUUAGCAGUGCAUUUAGGAAGUGGGGUUGGCCUGGAAUUGGUGGGCAGUGGCUAGAGCUUUCAGCCCUACCAGAUAUCUCCAUGGGGGCAUAUUAUCCAUGCAGAGCUUUUGGAAGUUACCUUAAGCCAGGUGGCCUCUCAUGUUAGCUGAGCCAAGAGGGCAGUGUAUGGGGAUAAUGAACCUGCCUCCAUGCCAGGGCAGCUCACACUAAACUGUGGGAAUGGGAGUGGGUGGAUCAAUUUGUUAGUUUCUCUUUUGUAGCUAGAAGGCAAAGGAGCUCAAGGUCUCAGAUAUCAGCACUGGUUCUGUUUACCAAAAAGAAACCUAACCCUACUCCACUAAAUAUAUUCUUUUUUUUCCUGAGGGGCACAGUCAAUCUUCCUGUCCUGAGCAUGGUCACAAAGCAUCAGUUAAGACAUCUAGCCAUGCCUGAGCUUGGAAAUCAGAGCGCUUCCCCAUUAAAGGAGUUGCUUCUCCUCUUCUAGGCUUCAUUGGUGUCCUGUGCCCCUGUAUGUUACAGUUGUCUGACACAGGAUGAAGCUGGUGAAGAGGUGCAGUAACAUAGGAUCCAGCUUCUGUGAUCUGUACCCAGGGAUGGGGAAGAAAGUGGACAACCCACUUACCUCACAGGUUACACUGAUGUACUUCUGUGAGAACUUCCAUUCACAAGUAUUUCCAGUAUCACUAGGCUACAGACAUGGCCUUGAGUGAUAUCAGCAAGCAGUCUGCAGAUACUGUCCAGAGCACAGAUCCUGUCCCUGCUGGCUUUGCUGGAUGCCAGCCUACAAUCAGCAGUAGUUCCUGUUUGAAGUUGUCCCUGGCUUUGCCAGGGGAUAGAAGGCUUGGGUUAAUCCUGGGUGACAAUUGUUUUAGUAAAUCCAUUUUUAAAAGAGGACUUGUUUUUACUUUUUUCUAAAUGUCUCAGACUACUGACUUGUUCUAUAAAUAGAUUAUUUUUCUUUGAUUUUUUUAUACUUACCACUGUUACCAGCAGCACAGAGACAGAAGUUCACAAAGGAAAAACCUGCCCAUGGGCUUGGGUUUUUUUUACUCCAUUCCUUCCUUGUAGUACAAGGAAUUAGCAGUUACCUUCCGCAUCCUAGCCAGACCAGCUGCCUGUGUUUAAAUAGGUAAAUACAUUUCAUGUGCUACCUUCGUGUUUGGGUUUGUUCAUGUUAGUGGGGCACCUGGGUCCUUGCUGACGCUAGUCUUUGCUGGCUUUAUGUAUGUGAAUGUCUGAAGCCGGCCACUGUGCCGUCUCGCCCCUUUUCCUAUUGUGUUUCCAUUCUUUUGCAGUUCUAGGAGUGUUGUAAGUAGUGUCCAGUCUUACUAGAAGCUGGGCUGGGAUUUAAAAAAAUAUUGACGAAAAUGAGUGUUCUGUCUUGACUCUUCCUUGUCCCUUUUCUUGAACUCUAAUAUUAAAGAGGGUUUUUCAGCUGACUCAGAUACCAGACAACAUUUUCCAGCCAAAAACUGUAACUAGAAAGUCCAACUUGGCAUACUUCCUUUACGUUAGUUUCCCCACAUUGUUUGUCUGUGCCCAACACCUGGGAAGCGAUGAUUAACAUGCUUUAAAGGAAGAGACCUGUACCGUUAGCCACAGGAAAAGAGGCUUAGGCACCAGUGGAGAAGGUAGAAUGUCAGGAGGCUUGACUAUCUACCCAGGAGUGAGAAAUUGACUUACAGUGGUAAGCCAUAAUUUCAGCUGCUUGCAGAUUUAGUUCAGUAACUAUAUCCAGUAGAUGAAAUUGUUGCCUGGGAGUAAUGUUGACAGAGCAUCUUAUUCCCAUUUAUAUACAUAUAUAGCAAUCUUCCAUGCAACUGGGCACUCGCUGUUAUUUGUUUCAAAUUUAUAAAUAUCCGUCUUAGCAUACCUUUGAUUUUGAUAAACCAGUAAGAAAGUCUUACCUUCUUUUACAUGUCAAAGGUUAAUAUAUUCUGCCUUUUCUUAUUGGAGGCUGUGUUUAGUCUUCUCCUGUGGAGGAGACAGAGGACCCACUGGCUUCAGAGGUGAAUGCUCCUGUAAGAAAUCUGAAGAAUGCAAAAGACUGGAAUUCUUUCAUAACUCCUAAAAUACAUAACUUAGUGAGGGGAAAAACAGGAUUUGAAUUUCCUCUUAAUUCAGUAAUUUGAACAGGCUUUGGCUUUGUGGAGGCAGUUCUCUACACACUUUCCUUGUGAAGAGAACCCAUAAGGAAAUUGUUAACAAAUAAUAAAUGUCCACAGUUCCCUGAAUCGAGGUGAGAAUCCUGGUGCCUUCCAAAGUGUGCAGGGAGCAUCGAGGAAAAAGCUUCCAGCUAAAGAUGCACUAUUCAGUCACUCUUAACUAUUCCUUACAAAGGGAGAGAACUGGAAACAGCUAAAAGGUGUGGGCAGGUAUUGAAAUUGGACUAUUUGAAUCAAUCAUCUUCAUGUUACCACUUUGAAAGGCUGGUAUACUUUUUACUUUCUGAGAAGCCUUGCUGACUUUGUUUACUGAUGUGCAGUUUCAUUUCAAGUAAGCUUUUUCAAAAACAAUAUAGAGGCCCAUAACUAAUUUUACAUCUUAAUGUGUUCUCUUUGUUUAAAAAAUAAAACAUAACCCCUCUCAAAAGGUGACUGAUAGUUUAAGAUUCCCACAAUCCUGAUUUAAAUAUUAAUACUUUUGGAAAGCUUACGGAAAAAGCAGCAAUGAUAAAAUGCUAUUAAAAAACACAGAUCCUUAGUUGCUUAACAGCAAAACUAAAACAAAUGAAGCAAAACAUAUCUUCUUAAACUUCCAAAAUGUUUCAGAUGUGGUGAAUCUCACCUGUAAUAACAAGUCUUAUACAUUAUGUGCAAAAUAUAUCAUCUGCUGUAUCCACAUUUCUCAAUAAUCCCAUAUUGCACUCUGCAAAAGAAGAUAAUCAUAAUUUGUGGAGUUCAUCUUCAUGAGACACUCUUUUUCAUAAAACCUGAGAGAAACAUCCAGUGCCUAGCUACCAGAUGGAAGACACUCCCAGAGAGCUUAGCAGGUAUUCAAAAAGCAUUAGUAUUAAUGUGGUUAAUGAAAGUACCUACUGCUAGCUAAAUGGGUAUACACGUUGGAUGUAUACACUUAGGUUUCAUCUGGAACUCUAAAACCUCAUGCUUCAUAGCACAAAUUAACUUAGCAGUUUGGAAGUUCUGUGCAAAGGUUAUUCCAUAAUUCCCACCAGAAAUUUUUGCACUUUUCUUUAUACAGGCUUCAGUGAUGGGGAAUUGCUUUCCCCAUUGCUGAAUUAUAGCCACAUGUAGGCUCCCAUAGCAGCUGUUUGAUAGCUUAUGACAAGACUGCACAGCUGUUCAGGUCAAAAAGUCAAGAAUACAGUAUCCUAUUGAUACUCAACUGAUUUUUAGGAUUUUUGUAUGAAGUUACUAGAAUCUUUUAAGACUACUGGGUUAAUUUAUGGGCAAUGGGUUUGGGUGAUAAAAACCAACACUGGUCAGCAUUUUUGUUGCAGAUCUCAUUCAAAAGAUGAUGCUUUCUCACUCUGCUCAUUUAGUUUUGUUAACUAUAAAGGAAUAAUUGCUAUCUGCUAAAUUCACAAACAGUUUUUUUGCAGCAGUUUUUCCGUGUACAGCCUCAGCGUGAUUGUUUAGAAAGGCCAAGUCAACAGUAAAAUAUGUAAUAGCUUUACCUAUUAUAACCAUUUUAGAUAGGUAAACUGAUGGAGAAUGAACUAGAAAAUGUCCAGACCCUUCUUCAUAUGCACAGUAAGUAGUUACUAGGCAGCUUUCUGCCCUUUGCCCUGUAUAAUAGAACCAGCCUUCCAAGAUAAAUGCCAGUUGUGGCUAGGCUAGAGCCAUCUCUCUUGUCAGCAGGUGAGUUCUUCAAGGUUACUAGUAAA